AUGAAAAUUUCUUCCCGCUUCAACAACCAGAGCGCAGAGGCAGAGCAUGAUCCCUAGUGAGGACUGAAGAAGAAGAAGAAGAAGAAGAAGAGGAAGAGAAGGAGGAUCGGAGGUGAAAGAUGGUAUUCUUUUGUUUCCUGGUGGAUCAGGAUCGGAAAGUGAGGAGCAGCAAGCCGGCGGCAGGGAUAUGUUCGAGGUGCGGCGGAGGGGCGAGCGUUGCAGAUAUGAAAACGUCGACGAGAUUCUGCUACGUUCCUUUCUACUGGAGAUACUGGAAAGCUAUCAUCUGUACAUUCUGUGGAGCCAUUCUUAAAUCUUACAGAUGAUUACCGCUUACAUUUUGCUUAGUUUUCCCCCUUUUUCUUUCCCUUUUUUUCAAAUCUUUUGCAUUUUAGGUAUUAAGAGUCUUAACAUGAUAGAAAUAUAAGUUGAUUGUUGACUA